AUGGCCGGUCGCACCUCCGCUGCCAGCUCAAUGGAGCUCAAGGACAACACCGUGAUUGUUGUUCUUGGUGCCUCGGGUGAUCUGGCGAAGAAGAAGACGUAUCCUGCUCUUUUCGGCCUUUACCGCAACCAGUUCCUUCCCAAAGACAUCAAGAUCGUCGGAUAUGCGAGAACCAAGAUGGAUCAUGAAGAGUAUCUCAGGCGGAUCAAGUCUUACAUGAAGGUCCCUACCCAGGAGGUUGAGCAGCAACUUGAGGACUUCUGCAAGCUCUGCACAUACGUCUCUGGUCACGUCUUCACCGUCGUCUCUCAGCACCUCAAGCGCUGCUGCUACCCUACCAAGGGUAUCUGUCGUGUCAUUGUCGAGAAGCCCUUCGGCAAGGACUUGGAGAGCUCCCGAGAGCUCCAGGCCAGCCUCGAGCCUGACUGGAAGGAGGACGAGCUCUUCCGAAUCGACCACUACCUCGGCAAGGAGAUGGUGAAGAACUUGCUAAUCAUCCGAUUCGGUAACUCCUUCUUCGACGCAACGUGGCAUAGGCAUCACAUCGACAACGUGCAGAUCACUUUCAAGGAGCCUUUCGGUACCGAAGGCCGUGGAGGAUACUUUGACGAGUUUGGCAUCAUCCGAGACGUCAUGCAGAACCACUUGCUCCAGGUCCUCACCCUGCUCGCCAUGGAGAGGCCUCUCUCCUUCUCCGCGGAGGAUAUUCGAGACGAAAAGGUGCGCGUUCUCCGCGCCAUGCCCGCCAUUGAGCCCAAGAACGUCAUCAUUGGCCAGUACGGACGAUCGCUUGACGGCCAGAAGCCCUCGUACAAGGAGGACGACACCGUGCCUCCUAACUCUAGGUGCCCUACUUUCUGCGCGCUCGUUGCCUACAUCAAGAAUGAGCGCUGGGACGGCGUUCCCUUCAUUAUGAAGGCUGGCAAAGCUCUCAACGAGCAAAAGACGGAAAUCCGCAUUCAGUUCAAGGAUGUUACUUCGGGCAUCUUCAAGGACAUUCCCAGGAACGAACUUGUCAUUCGUAUCCAGCCCAACGAGAGUGUCUACCUUAAGAUGAACUCGAAGCUUCCCGGCCUCAGCAUGCAGACUGUUGUGACUGAGCUUGAUCUCACUUAUCGCCGACGAUUCUCCGACCUCAAGAUCCCCGAGGCAUACGAGUCUCUUAUCCUCGAUGGACUCAAGGGCGACCACUCGAACUUUGUUCGAGACGAUGAGCUCGACGCCAGCUGGAGGAUCUUCACCCCUCUCCUCCACUACCUUGAUGACACCAAAGAUAUCAUCCCGAUGGAAUAUCCCUAUGGCUCUCGUGGCCCCGCUGUCCUUGAUGACUUCACUGCCUCGUACGGAUACAAGUUUGCGGACGCUUCCGGCUACCAGUGGCCCACGACCUCGGCCAACCCUCCUAACAAGUUCUAA